AUGACUCACAAUGAAAUAAUUGAUUUUAUUGAGGAGCAUAUUGUGUAUAGAUUCGGAAUUCCUCAGUCUAUUACCACUGAUAAAGGAAACAUGUUUAUUAGGAAAAAGGUCACAGAAUAUGCCAAGUCUAGGGGUAUAAAAAUGCUUUCUUCUACACCGUAUUAUGCCCAAGUGAAUGGACAAGUGGAAGUAGCGAAUAAAAUUUUGAUUGCAUUAAUUAAAAAACACAUUGGAAGGCAGCCAAGAAAUUGGCACCAAUCUCUCAGUCAAGUUCUUUGGGCUUACCAAAAUUCUCCAAGAGGUUCUAUUGGGACCACCCUAUAUAAGUUAGUUUACGGUCAUGAUGCGGUGUUGCUAAUUGAUAUUAAUCUGCAAAAUAUAAGGGUGGAUAGACAAGAUGAGAUACCAGUAGUAGAUUAUUGGAAUUCUUUGUAUGAUGAGUUCAAUGAACUAGAUGACGAAAGAUUGAGAGCUUUAGAGCAGGUGAUUCGACAAAAAGAGAUUAUGUGA